GACAUACACGCCUUAACCAGCUCAUGUGAUCGACCACCCUUCUGUCUAGUACUGCUGCUUUUGUAUUGGGAUAUAUAGGAGGCUACGUGCUCUUUAUCCUUCUUCACUUUUUUCUAUUUGCCUCUCUGUUUCUUCUUCUUCUUGAUUCACAUCUCAUUACAUAGCCAUGUCUACUGAGACUACUAAUGUUGUAUCUGUCUCCACUGCUGAAGAUACUCAGGAACAUGAGAAAAUAGUAAAGGAAGAAACACAUGCAGUUGAACAAGUUGAUACUCCACCAUCCAAGAAUGAUGCUGAAAAGCACGAAAAGGAAAAUUGUGAAGCAGAAAAGUCUGAAGGUUCAGAGACUUCUAUCACUAGAUCUGAAGAAACACCGGUGGUCAACCAGGUCGAGCCUCCUGUAGUGGCUGAGGUUGAGAAGGCUGAUCAUGUUCCAGUCCAAAAUGUCAAAGCUGAUCAUCAGUGUCAACCAAUUGAAGCAGUUGAAAUUGAGAGGGAGAAACCAUCAGUUGAAGCAGUUGAAAAUGAGGAGAAAAUAGCAGUUGAAGCAGUUGAGAAGGAGCUGGAGAAGACACAAACUAUUGAAGCAAUUGAGAAUGAAGAAGCAGAGAAGGCACAGACUACUGAAGCAGUAGUUGAGAAUGAACCAGAGAAGACAGAACCUAUUGAAGAUGACAAGAAUAAACCAGUGGAGGAAAUAGCAAUUGAAGCGGUUGAAAAAGAAGCAGACAACACACCUGUAGAGAAAGUAGCAAUUGAAGCUGUUGAAAAUGAGCCAGAAAUACAAGCUAGUGAAGCGUGUGAGAAAAAAGAAGAGAAGAACAUAGCAAUUGAAGCAGUUGAGAAAGAAUCAGAAAUACUGGCUACUGCAGUAUGUGAGGAUAAAGCAGCGGAGAAAAUAGCAAGUGAAGCAGUUGAAAAUGAACCAGAAACACAAGCUACUGAAGCAUGUGAGGAUAAAGCAGUGGAGAAAAUAGCAAUUGCAGCAGUUGAGAAAGAAUCAGAGAAGACACAAUCCAUUGAAGCAGAUGAGAAUAAACAAGAGGAGGCACCAGCUAUUGAAGAACAGAGAGAUGCCACGCCCAAAAUUGAAGCUUUUGAGUCUAAUCCAUCAAGUGAAAUAGUCAAGCUUGAAGAAAAUGUUCAGGGUGAGAAGGGGACUACUGCCGAUGAGGGCAAGACUGCUUGUGAGUUAACAACGAACAAGGAAGCUCAAACGGUCGAGAAAGAAGCAGGUGUGGUUGAUAAUGUUAAGGACGAGACAAUGCAGAGUGAAAAAGCUGCAGAGAAGGAAGAAGAGUGUGUGAAAGUAGCACAAGCAACUAAAGAGAGUGAUGAGAAAACUGAAGAAGCAUCAUUUGAAAACGAAGCAAAGAAAACCCAGGAUGGUACUAAUGAACUCAAAAAUGCUACAGAUCAAGUUGAAAAAUCAGUAGCGGGGGAGCAGAAGAGUGAUAGAGAUUUGGUUGAGGGUUUAGUCAAAGAAGAUGAGUAUAAGGACAUUAAGGUGAAUGGAGAAGAAGAGAAAAACAAGUCCAAAACUGAUGUACCCCCUACUCUUGAGUCAUGCAAAGAUGGUGAUCAUGAGACUCAAACAUCCAAAGACCAAGCACAAGAUGUUUCAGCUAAACCAGUACAGAAGCAAUCAGGUAACAAUAUAAUAUCAAAGGUGAAGCAAUCUUUAGUGAAGGUGAAGAAAGCUAUAAUUGGGAAAUCUCCCAGCUCAAAAGUCCUUUCACCUGAAAUCAAAGGAGAUCAUGAAAAUGUGAAAUAGUUCUUUCGGUGGUCGAUUGAAUUGGUGUGCCUCACUUGGUAUACACAGGAGGGCAAGGACCAUGCUUUUUUUUUGUUUUGUGUGGGAUUUUGCAAGAUUUUGUUUACUUCUUUCAUUUCAGGGGCAAACAGUAACUACUUCUGUUUGUUUUGGUGAGUAAUAUGUGUCUGAAAUGUAAUUGACAUUGUAUUUUGUAUUGAAUUGUUUUGUUCUUCUGUUUCAUUUUAAGUUA